AUGGACCAUUGGGACUUGCUAGGGUUCCUCAUUAUCACGUUAAACUGCAAUGUGACCAUUGUGGGGAAGAUCUGGCUUAUCUUCAUGAUCCUGCUGAGGAUGGUGGUCAUCAUUGUGGCGGGGUCCCCUGUCUACCAGGAUGAGCAGGAGAGGUUUGUGUGCAACACCCUGCAGCCAGGGUGUGCCAAUGUCUGUUAUGACAUCUUCUCUCCCGUGUCCCACCUGCGCUUCUGGCUAGUCCAAAGCGCGUCUGCCCUCCUCCCUUCUGCGGUUUUCGGUAUUUACGUCCUGCACAAAGUAUCCGAGCUCGCUGUCUGGGGCCCCUGCAGGCCAGGUGGCAGUCCCGGGAACCAGAAUCCCGCUGACCUGAGCCCCGAGGAUCGGCGCUGCUCGCUGCCCUGCAGGGAGGGGCGCAGCCUGGUGGUGCCAGAUUUCUCCUCGGGCUAUAUUGUGCAGCUCUGUCUGCGGACUUUGGCAGAAAUAGCUUUCGGGGCCUUGCAUUACCUCCUCUUCGGAUUCUCGGUCCCCAAUAGAUUCUCCUGCACCCAUGUUUCCUGCUCUGGCACGGUGGACUGCUACGUCUCUCGGCCCACGGAGAAGUCCACCCUGAUGCUCUUCCUCUGGGCACUCAGCGCUCUCUCGGUGCUGCUCAGCGUGACUGACCUGCUCUGCAGUCUGCGCCGAAGAACGCGCAGGUGGCGGGGCACAGCUGGGGGCCGCCGGGGAUCCGGGGAAGAGAGUGCGGCUCUUGAGCACCCUGGCCAGUGGACCCGAGGGCACGAUGCCCACAGCCCCGGUAGUCAGUCCGCUGUGUCAGGGCGGGUGGAGCUUCCAGAUGAGGAUGAGACUGAGGGGUUAUCCUUAGCUAACGACAAGCUGCCCAGGGCUUGCACAGAGCCUGGGGUCAGACCCCGCACAGAAGCCCCUCAGAAGCCCCAAAGUGAAGAUCCCUUAAUGCUCCUCAGCCUGCUGGCCCGGCCCCGCCCAUCCAUUCCGCAGCAACCCCCCGCCCUCCGGGCUGGCUCUGGAAGGGCCCCUCUCCUGGAGACCAGAAGGUCUGAGUGGGUGUGA